AUGAAGAUAAUAAGCAUCUUCCUGCUCAGUGCCUUGGCCCUGUUCAGCUUAUCUGGUAACACUAGAGCUAACUGCCUGGGAAGAGAGGCUGUAUGUCCCAGUGAUGUUAAUGGAUGCCCCAGGAUCUAUAACCCUGUAUGUGGGACUGAUGGAAAUACUUAUUCCAAUGAAUGCAUGCUAUGUUUUGAAAAUAAGAAGCGCCAGAUUCAAGUCCGUGUUCUAAAAUCCGGCCCUUGUUGA